CCUUGCGAAUGGGAGGGUCAAAGGCAGGGCUCCUCAAUGCUAGUAUGAGCAAUAUUGUAGAAAUAGUGGUUGCCACUACCGCACUUCGCAAAUGCCAACUUCGCGUUGUCCAAUCGUCCCUGAUUGGCUCGAUGCUCAGUAAACUUCUGCUUGUGUUGGGCAUGUGCUUCUUUGCAGGCGGACUACGCUUUUCUGAGCAAGCAUUUGAAUCAACUACGACGCAAAUACAUUCGUCUCUUCUCAGCAUCAGCGUUGGCGCUGUUCUCCUUCCCGCUGCAUAUCACUUCUCCCUUAGCGGAGGAGAGGGUCUGGCUUCCAAUGAGCAGAAACGCGAUAUUCUCCAAAUGAGCCAUGGGGUUGCAGUCAUCCUUCUUAUCAUUUAUAUAUGCUACCUCCUUUUCCAACUGUAUUCACACACUCACUUGUACAAGGAUCACAAAUCCACGAGCAACCGACAUGAUCUCAAAUCUCUUCAUCUUCACAUCGCAGAGCCGAAGUUGAGCUGGCCAUUGACCAUGGCAUUGCUUGUUGUUGUCACCGUUCUGGUUGCGAUCAACGCAGAAUGGCUGGUCGAGUCCAUGGAUGGAAUAAGUACCACCAUAAUCAGCAAGGAGUGGAUUGGUCUUAUCUUACUGCCCGCUGUCAGCUCCAUCGCUGAGUGUGUUACGACUAUCAACGUGUCAAGAAAGGAUCAGCUCACGCUGAGCAUUGGCGUAGCAGUCGGUUCAACUAUCCAAACUGCCCUUUUCGUCAUCCCGUUCAUGGUCAUCUUGGGUUGGAUAUUGAAUAAGCCUCUCGCCUUGCUUUUUGAUCCCUUUGAGUCUGUGGUCAUGUAUAUUUCCGUGCACACCAUGGGUUAUGUCGUGGCUGAUGGCAAAUCAAAUUGGCUGGAGGGUGCUAUCCUAAUCUGUCUUUACAUGAUCAUCGCCGUCUGCUUCUGGUUCUAUCCAGGGUCAACAUUUUCCAGCACUCUCGCAGCUUGCCAGUUGGAUCACUCCGCCUGAGACGCAUAUCACUUGUCGUUUUGUACCCCAUACCCCACAUUCACUAGCAUACCACCAUCGAAUCCUGCAUUAUUGUCAUCGUCUUCGGCUCAUGGACCAUUUACCCAUGCGCUCAUCUUGUCACGCGUAGAUCUGACCGAUCCUAUGGACCCCUAGAGAAUGGAUUGCGCCCUGCAUUGUUUGACAUCAUGAAUAGGUUCCUUCCCCAAUUUCAUAUGGUAUGUACAGCAUAAUGCGUGUUUAUAAUACUAGUCGACUAGUUUACUCCC